ACUGCGCACUGAUGGCGCACACCCUUACCGAAGCUCAGUCGCUAUUCGAUCGUUUUAGAACUGCAGCCUCUAGGUUUGGGCUGACAAUCAGUCUAAAGAAGACAGAAGUCAUGCUUCAAGCAGUGAACAUGUCAAAUUCCAAUCCACCAGUAAUUACCGCAGGUGAAACAGUGCUGACAGCCGUUGACAAAUUCUGCUACCUCGGGAGUAUUCUUGCAGCUGAUACAACAGCGGACUCCGACAUCAGUGCCCGCAUUGCAAGAGCUAGUUUCGCCUUCGGUCGACUGUCCAAGAGAGUAUGGGAUGAGCACGGCAUUCGGCUGGACACAAAGGUGGCAGUAUACAGGGCAGCCAUCCUCACAGUACUGUUGUAUGGAUCUGAGUCCUGGACUAUUUAUCGCCACCAGAUCGCCAAACUUGAUCAGUUCCAUAUGCGUUGUCUCCGUCGUAUUGCACAUGUUAAAUGGCAAGACAAGGUCUCAAAUACUGAGGUUCUCCAGACCUGUGGCAUCACUGGUAUCGAGGCCUUCCUGCUUGCUGCGCAGUUUCGCUGGUCUGGACAUGUUGUGCGCAUGGCAGAUUCACGCCUGCCGAAACAGGCAUUCUAUGGACAACUCCAGAGCGGCAUGCGCACUCAAGGAGGGCAACUAAAACGAUACAAGGACGGCCUCAAAGCCAAUUUGAAACAAUGCAACAUGGACCCUAAUGACUUUGAAGAAAUGGCUACAGACAGGACAUCAUGGCGAGCACAGUGCCAAACUGCCAUACACUUCUUUGAGCGCAGCCGCAUUGAUACUGCAGUAGACAAACGAAGACGCAGAAAGGACAAAGCCUUAACAUCUAGAAAACCUAGAACAACAUCUACCCAGUUUGUGUGCGACAUCUGUGGCCAGUCAUGUGCGUCAAGGAUUGGCGCAUUCUAUUCACAUUCUAGGACGCACCAACAAAUAUAACUGUGACGAGAUCUGUCGUGUCGACAGCUCAGGCCAAGACUUUCAAUGCUGACAUUACAAUUAGACAUUAAACCAUUUUGUAGAUUGUGUGUGUGUUCUUGUGGCACAUACUUGUAAUAGCAGAAUUACUUAUUAUUAUUUUUGUUAUGUUGUAGGUGGAUCAUAGCUCUAAAAAGUUGGAUAGCUGCAGGUCGGCCAUUGGCUUGAUAACAGUGGUUUAUGAAUAAAUCUUUCACCAACCAUUCACGUAUUUACUAACAAAACAGACCCAAAUCUUGUUCGGCCUGAUGCUCAACCUUGUACAGUCCACCAAAUGAUGACCACUGCAAAGUGAUAGGAAUCUGUAGUAAUCACAGCCUAUGUCUCAAGAUCAACAUGACAAUAACAGACCAUCUCUUAUCUUACUCUUAUCUAAAUGUUCAAUGUCACUGCCACAAAACAAAAAUCAUUGGAUGGAGUAUUGGAGUAUGUACUGUACAAUG